AUGGAGCACUGCCAAGUGAGUCUGACGCACGGGAGAAUCGACGUUCAAGAAGCACUCGGCUGGGUGAACUCGCCAUACUGCGGUGGUACGUCGAUUUUCAUUGGGACGACCCGAAUUACGGAAAAUGGAGAGAAUAGCAAAAUCGUAAAGCACCUGACCUAUGAGGCGUACGAAGAGAUGGCCCUGGAGACGAUGCGACAGAUUGUCCUGCAGAACGUCAGCAAGGCCGAUGGUCUGCACAAGGUCUACGUCUGCCAUCGACUGGGACAGGUCAACCUGGGCGAGGAGUCCAUACUGAUUGCCGUCUCUUCGCCUCACCGAUCCUCUGGCCACCAAAUGGUGAUGCAGAUUCUCAAUGAAAUCAAGCAAAAGGUACCUAUUUGGAAGAAGAUUUGCUUCGAAGAUCAAGGAGACCACUGGAGCCCUAACAGCGAGGCAUUCUGGCUACAGCAAGAAAAAUAA